AUGAGUUCUCGUCCCUCUCUCUUCGACUCUUGUGCCUUCAUUCUCCUUCUAAAUUUUAUUACAUGUAGUCCUCCUACACAAGUUAAUGGGGUGGAGGAAGCUUAUCAUCAUGUUGUCGAUGUUCAAUCUUUGUUGCCUAAAGAUGUAUGCAUAUUAUCCAAAGAAUCCGACCCUACAAAGCUCCAAUUAGUCCACCGUCACGGCCCAUGCUCUCCCCUCAACCCCAAACUCAAGUUCUCCCACGAACAAAUCCUCAAUCACGACCAAACCCGAGUCGACUGGCUCCACCGCAAAUCCUCCUCCAGCGCCUCCACUGCCAGCGCGGCAGCAGCGGCAGACAUAAUCGCCCAUCCCUCGCCACCGCAACAUCCAGCCCACACGGGGACUCCUCAACACCGGCAACUACAUCGUCCCUCGGUUUCGCACACCCAAAAUCACCAGUCCGUCGUGUUCGACACGGGCAGCGACGUGACCUGGAUCCAAUGCCAACCUUGCGUCUCCGCCUGCUACCAACAACAAGACCCUCUCUUCGACCCGCGCCAAGUCUCCACGUACCGCAACAUAUCGUGCACCUCUCCCUUCUGCUCCGCCCUCGACAGCAGCGGCUGCUCCGGCUCCACGUGCCUCUACGCCGUCCAGUACGGAGACAAUUCUUCACUGUCGGAUUCUUCGCACAGGAUACGUUAUCCUUACCGCAGCUUCAGAAUCAUCUCCAACCUCCGAUUCGGCUGUGGCGAGAAGAACAACGGGCUUUUCGGCCAGGCCGCUGUUCUGGGCCUGGGCCGUCAACCAGUUUCGGUAGUAAUGCAGACGGCGAGAAAGUUCGGCGGAGUUUUCUCAUACUGCCUCCCGUCGAGUGCGGCCUCCACCGGAUACCUAAAAUUCGGAGGCGCUUCCGUGUCGAAUGUGAUGUUUACGCCUAUGCUCUCCCAAUCUGGAAUGCCGACAUUUUACUUUCUUGAGCUGAUAGCGAUAUCUGUCAACGGACAAAAGCUCGCCAUAUCGCCUACAUUGUUUUCCAAUGCUGGGACUAUUAUCGACUCUGGCACGGUCAUCACCCGUUUGCCUCCGACAGCGUACUCUGCACUGCGGUCGGCUUUCAAGAAGGCGAUGACCCAUUAUCCGACUGCCCCGGCAUUCUCAAUCCUCGACACGUGCUAUGAUCUUAGGAAUUACACAACGUUCAAGAUACCGAAUGUGGAAUUGCUGUAUCGAGGAGCGACGAUGAAAUUGGACACGAUGGGUAUUCUGUACCCGGCGAGUACCACGCAGACUUGCCUAGCUUUUUCGCCCAACGGAGAUGAUUCCGAUAUGGUGAUCAUCGGAAAUACUCAGCAGAGGAGGUUCAAUGUGGUGUACGAUGUCAUCAAGAAACGGAUUGGGUUUGGGCCUGGUGGUUGUAAUUAGUUAAUAGUCAGUGAUUGGGUGCAUGAUUAGGUCCUGAUUGCUGCCUUAGGGGUGUUUGUUUCUAUGAAAGUGAAAAGUAAAAGUGUGAAAGUGAAAUGCUUUUGACAUCUUAGGUGUUUGUUUAAUUGAAAGUUAUUUUGAAAGUGAAA